UCGAAACACUCAGUCAACUACGAGUUGAUAACUUUGGCAAUAUGAGUCAUUGUGAGCUUGAGGAUAUAACCCUGCACUUGAAUGACAGGAUUUCAUCCACAAGACGUGUCUUGGAGCUGCGGACAAUUGCAAAAGAUCAAGACAAGCGGGUCAUUCUAGGGAAGAUAGGACAAGAUAUCCUUGCAAUAGAUGGACUCCUUGACCAGUUUGAGAAAUGUGUUGGCCGCCAAAAAGACCUACUUAAGCAUUUAAAGGAACUAGAGGGUUUCUUCGAGGAGGAUGUGCAGGAUGGAAAGAACCUUAGGGACAACAUGCCCACACACAUGCCCAGGAAGGGACAGCCAGCAGUCCACGGAAUAGGGCCUGUGGGUCAGAGUGGACCUGUGAAUGUGCAGCCAGUCCAGCAGGUUCACCCCAGGAAAACCUCAAAAAAACAGAUCAGAGAGAUGGAAUUCAUCACCAGCCCAGAGUUUGAUACCAUCCCUCAGUACAUGAAAGGCCGUUUGACAUAUGAACAGCUAAACACUGCUGUGGAAAACAUUAACACAGCCGUAACAGGGAAGUACAAGAUCUUGAACCAGCCAGCAAAAACCCUUAACAAUGCCACACGCAAGCUUCAUCAACGAUUUAAGGAGGAAGAGAACAAGGACACAAAAGGUCUGUUUUUCAUUGUAGAAGCUGACAUUAAAGAGUUCACUCAGAUGAAGGUGGACAAGCGCUUCCAGAGCAUCCUCAGCAUGCUGCGUCACUGCCAGCGUCUGCGAGAACAGCGAGGGGGAGGCAUCACACGCUACGUCCUGCUGUGAAAGGAGCAGAGAUGGAGAAAGGGGGGUUGUCACUGAGCUUGAUCUGAAUGCAUUGAGUUGUCCUCUGUCUCUAACAUGAUCGGCUACAACAUCUGUCAUAUUGACUGAGGGAGGGGUGAAAAUAAUUAUAUUGAGAAUAGUGGUUGUGGCUCAAAACAUAUAUGUGCCUAGUGAAGAAUAAUUGUUUGGGGUGGGUGGAGGUUUGUAUUUGAACUUAGUUUCGUUCAUGCAACAUUUUUUUAAAUUCAAAGGUUGUUGUAUUAGCUCAUUUUAAUUGUAUCAUCAAUGUGACUUUGUCCAUAACAACCAUGUUUUAUACAGGUAGAAAGGCAAUAAAUAUUAAAAAAAUAGUU